AUGAUACAGCAGAGUGCACCAGCUCUGACCCGGAUCGUUGCAGGUGUUCCUGUUGAGAUAAAGAAUGGAGCGGCUUCCUCUGCCUCAGGUAACGCUACCACAGUUGAUGCUGUUCUCCAGCUGAAUGCAACUGGGACCAAAGUUGGUGGCAGCUCUUCAAACACCACCCAGAAUGAAACUACCACUUCCCCAGCAUCCAAGCAUCCCGUCUUAAAUGAAAGUGCAGAAACCUUAGCAGACUUGCAUGGCUAUCUGGGGCUAGAUGAAGGAGAUAUUUUGUUGGCACAGGACAGAAACGCUGUGGACUCGGUGUGGUCAGGUGGCGUAAUCCCUUACGUAAUCAGCCCAGAACUCGCUCACCGAGGGUCUGAGAUCCAGGCGGCCUUCAGGAUGAUCUCGGGGUCGACGUGCAUUCGCUUUCAGCCGCACGCCGCUGAGUUCAACUACCUGGAAAUCAAAGAUGGCAACGGCUGUGCGUCGUUUAUUGGCUGCCGGGGGGGGUCCCAGCCGGUGUAUUUUUCUGAGUCCUGCUCGGCGGGGAACCUGGCCCACGAACUGCUGCACGCUUUGGGUUUGUACCACGAACACACCAGGAAGGACCGCGACGACUACGUCACCGUCAACUGGCCCCACAUCAGCCCAAUGAAGAAUGGAAACACCCUCAACUCGCCCUACGACUUUGGCUCCAUCUUGCACUACGGGCCGGCUUAUUUCAGCGUGGACGGAGGCCAAACUCUGGAGCCCAAACAGAGCGGCGUGCAGAUCGGUCAGAGAAAAGGUCUGAGCCAGCUGGACAUCCAGAAGCUGAACAUCCUCUACAACUGUGGUGGAUCACGCAAAGGCUGAGCAGAGCCACGGACAUCUGAAUCUAAAGGAUAAUAAAGGUUUUGUUACAAUAA